AUGGAGGUAAUUAUAAAGGGAUAACGAAAUGUUUGUUUCAAAAUGAUUGAUCUAAUUGCUUAAACAAGUUUUGGGAAUUUCAAAGCAAUUAAAACUUUAGACAUAUCAAAACUAAAUGUGGAUAAUAAUAUAAUUAGCUUUAGUCGAGAAUUAAUGUUUUCUAAAGAUGAUUAGAAAAAUUUUGAACUUAGUGUGAUUUAUGUAAUUUUUUGGAAUUGAUAUCUAAGAUCAGCACAUUUGGGUAUCUUUCAGUGUAAAGAAAAAUUCCUCUUGCAAAUGUAAAUAUAGAUGUGCAAAUCAGUAAAAUUGGAGAUAAAAAUAAUAAAAUUUCUGUUAAAGCGUAAACUGAUGAAAAUGGUUUUAAGACUGUUUAUUUUUUAUUGCCAAAAGGAUAAAAUUUUGAUGAUAUUGAUUAUAAUGGAUAAAAAAAUGGGUAUUGGAGUUCUGAUUGUAGUCAUUGGUAUUAAGGAUAAUUUCUAGAUAAAAAAGAGGUUCCUAAUAUUCCUAAAUUCACAAAGUAAUAAUUAAAAAUAAGUUAGUUAUGAGGAGAAUAUUUAUAUUUUUUUAGAUAUUGCAAUUAUAAAAUUUAUAUUUUAAGCUAUUGUUCAAAAUUAAUAUGGUUAAAUAAUCAAUGAUGCAUUAAUGAUUAUUAGUAUUGAAGACGCUUUAUCAAAUGAAUAGGAAUAGUUAUAAAAAUAAACGAAAAGUUAUCCUUCUGGAUAACUUUGGAUUGAAAUGCUUUAUUAACCAUUAUCAAAAAUUAAAAUAAAAGAGAGUAUAAUGGCAAAAGGUUAUGUUGCAUAAGAUUUAUAAUUUGAAUAAACUUUUAAUUUUAGUUAACGAGUUGAAUAAUAUAUUCAUGAUUUUGGAGUGAUAACUUUAUAUAAGUCGGAUGAUUAAGUAUAAAUAAUAAUAACUGGAAGAAUUAUAGCAUAAUUUUAUUGUAAAGGAUUACUAAAAUGGAAAGGAUUGUAAGGAGUGAAAAUUUAAGUUAAAAUGGUUAAUUCUAAACCUAAUACUGAUAAUUUCAUCAAUACAGAAUCAAUAUUAAAUUUAAAAUAUGUAAGUCUAAAUGAUUUUCUCAAAAAUUAAUUUAAUACAGAUAUGUUAACUUCAUAAAAAUGGAAAAAUAGAAUAUUAGCUCAUAACACUGAAAGGGAUGAUUAUCAUAAAAAAGAAUAUCUGAAAGCAUAUUCAACAGCUGUAGAUUCUAGAAAAGAUGAACCUAAAGAAGUUAAAAAAGAUGAACCUAAAGAUUCUAAAAAAGAUGAACCUAAUCGAAACAAAGAGAAAAAAUAGAAAAAGAAAGAUAAAAGAAAAAAUAAAAAUUACAAUUACAGUGAUGAAGAUGGCUACUUCUUUUUUAGGAAAACAUCAAAAAGAGGGUAUUUGUAAAUUAUUUGAUUUAGUUCUGUUUUAGAAUUUAAGUUUAAAAAACAUAAUUAUUGGAGUAAGAGUAUGUAAACCAGCAUUUCAUAACUUAAUCGUCAGCCUGAUGAUUCAUAUUUUGGAUAUUUGCAAAAAAUAAGAAUGGAAAGAAUCAAUUUUGUUAAGAAAGCUAAAUGCCCCUCUACAGACUCAGUAGAUGAUGAGUGA